AUGGCCGUUGAACGUCUUGGCUCCAUUCUCAAACACCUCACCCCGGGCAAUGCCCUUUCAACCAUCACAUCUAAAAACGACGACGACAUCGUCAUUACCUAUGCCGCUCGUACCCCACUAGGCAAAGCCCGCAAGGGCGGCUUCAAGGACACCUCGCUCGAGUACAUGGUGUUUGCGCUCUUGGACCAAGUGCGGCAACGCAGCAAGAUCGACCCGAGCCUCGUCGAGGACAUUUGCAUGGGCAAUGUCUCAGAUGGCAAGGCCGCCUACAAGCUCCGCGCCGCCGCCCUUGCCGCCGGCUUCCCCAACACACACUCCGCCUCGUCCGUCAACAGGUUUUGCUCGUCGGGCCUCAAGGCGACGGCCGAUAUCGCACAUGCCAUCAGCAACGGCAGCAUCGAGGUCGGUAUUGCCCUAGGUGCCGAGAGCAUGUCCAUCGGCGGUGACGCGUUAGAUCAGCCCUUUGACGAGGAUGUCACCUCGCAAAACCAGGAGUCGAAGGACUGCAUGAUGCCCAUGGGCUGGACGUCAGAGAACGUUUCGAGCGACUUCGGUAUCAGCCGCGAGGAAAUGGACAAGUUCGCUGCCCUCAGCUUCCAGAAGGCUGAGAAGGCACAAAAUGCCGGCUGGUUCGACGACGAAAUUGUUCCGAUCCGCACCAAGGUCAAGGGCCCUGACGGCGAGGUCAAGGAGGUCACGCUGACAAAGGACGAGGGCAUCAGGCCCGGCACAACAGCGGAGAGUCUGGGAAAGAUCCGCGCCGCGUUCCCGCAGUGGGGAAGCACGACCACGGGAGGAAACGCUAGCCAGGUGACGGAUGGUGCCGCAGCGGUGUUGCUAAUGAAGCGGUCAACGGCCAACAAGCUUGGGCAGCCCAUCAUGGCCAAGUACGUCGGGUCGACGACGGCAGGUCUGGCGCCGCGCAUCAUGGGAAUUGGCCCCACUGUCGCCAUUCCCAAACUACUGGCCAAGCACGGCAUCACGCUGGCUGACUGCGACGUUGUCGAGAUCAAUGAGGCGUUUGCCAGCAUGGCGGUCUACUGCCGCGACAACCUCGGUCUCGACGCCGAGACCAAGAUGAACCCACGCGGUGGUGCCAUCGCACUCGGACACCCGCUCGGAGCGACCGGUACGAGGCAGAUCGUUACUGGUCUGAGCGAGUGCAGGCGGACGGGCAAGAAGAUCUUAUUGACCAGCAUGUGCAUCGGCACGGGUAUGGGCAUGGCUGGGUUGUUCGUUAAUGAGCAGUAG